AUGGCACGACCAACCACGCGAUCAAACACAUCGACCCCAUCCAGGGACAAGCUCCACGGCGAACCAACUCGUCCAGCCGCUCCCGCACCCAUCCCCGUACCCGAUCCCAUCGCACCGCCUCCUCGCCCUUCAACUCGACCUUUUCACCAACCCACACCCCGACCGACCACGCAAUCCAUCAGUCCGCUCCCUUCCCGACUGGUCAUCAUCGCUUCCUUCUGGGCCGUGAUCGUACUCGCGCUCCCGUUCUGGUGGAGAACGACGACGAUCGAACGCAGGCCGUUACCGUUGGCCCAGAUCGAGCAAUGGGUCAACAAGGACGUCAGUCUCACCGAUGCAGCCGCUCCUUGCAAUCGAAUCUGACGCGUUAGUGUCGAUCUCACAGCCAUGCUACCUCACCCCCAAGGUGUCGUUCGCUUUCGAGUCCCCGGCGGCGAACAAGGACCCCAAAGUCGAGCAAGCGAUUCAUGCGACCAUGAAUCGAUUGGCCAAGACUGAGCUCGCGCAGUGCCUGGAUGUGCAGUGGGCUCAGAGUCAGUCGAGCAUGUCCCAAUGGGAGGAAAACGGGUACUGAUCGAUCAUGAACUGCCCCUGCAGACGGCGAGAACGCGACGUAUCGGAUCCUCCUCACCGAUGACGACGAGUUGCUCAAGCGACGCUUCCCACCGAAGACCGUACCCGUCUCCACCAAACCCGGCAAGUUUCAACCCCACCCCCACCCACACCCCUCCCUCCCUCCACCAAAACCCCCCUACUUAUCCCCCUUACCUUCCCACAGGUCUCCCCGACCGUCUCUUUGGAAAUGCGUCAACCCUCCUCGGCGGGAAACCGACCGAUGGCAGUCUAAUCGCUCCCUCACCGAGCAUGGCCAAGUUCUCCCCGACGUACAAGCUCGUCUUUUCGCUUUUGAACGAGGACUCGUUUUCCGGGGACGCACUGCUCGAAUGGCAGAUUCAUAGCUUGUUGAAGCGUAAGUUGAUCAUCGCACUGGGGGAAAAAAUAAAAAGAGGAGAACGGUCCUGAAUGUUUCCUUUCCGCCAACACAGGCCACGUCGAACCCCUCCUUUCCGCUCUUGAACCUCUGCACAACUUUACGAUCGACACGAGCAUUCAAUACUUUGCUCCGUUGACGCUCCCUGUCCAGACCAUAGAAGGGGAGGGAUCAUGGAUCGUCGAGGAUGAUUUGAGGGCGUUCGUAAAUAACGCGGAUUGGAAAUUACGUGAGUUCGCAUCUGGACUGAAGGUGAAGGUGAAGGUACUGAUGUCGAUGGUGGGCUUUUGAGAACAGCGACGAGUUUGACGUUGGAUCCAAUCUUGCACUUUAUCUUGUUCGUGCCCAAGAAGCAACAUCGACCUCUCAGGAUUAAGACACUAGGUACGCGUCUUGACACCCCCGUCCAGCUCCCGCACCACGCUAAACCCUUGAUCCCCCCACUCCACGCGAAUACUAGACGGUCGUUCCUCCCCAACAGGCUUCAUCACCCCCCAACGCGGCGGAGUCGUCAUCUACAACCCCCCCAACAUCGACCCUUCCACCCCUUCUGAAAACCCCGUCAAACCCCCUAACCUCAGCACCGCUUUCCGUCUGUUUGAAGCCCAACUCCGAAAAUUGCUCGGAGUGAGCCCUACGCUCCCCGGACCUGAUUUCGUCACGUCUUGGCAAAUCGAUGCCUUGGUGAGGCAGAGAUUGAACGGCGUCGUUAAAGAAGCGGUCGAGAGUUUGAGUAGUUUGAGAAGGUUGGUCGAGGAGGUGGAGAAUAUGAGGGUUGGGAAAGGGGUGCAGAAGGGGGUGAGGAGGGCUUUGGAGGAGUUGAAAUUGGUGAGUCAUCUUUGGGGGGGUUCUUGCCCUACUUUUCUCUAUCCGAAGGGAAAGCCAAAAAGAAAGCGAACCCUACUAACCGCUCCCCUCACUUUUUUGCUCUUCCAACUCAAACAGGCCGAAACCCACCUACCUUACUCUCCCCCCCUCUCUCUACACCAUGCCUUUGAAGCGCUCUCCCUCGCCUCGAAAGCCUACUUCGAUCCCUCGAUGUUGGCCCUAUUGUACUUCCCGGAUAAUCACAAGUAUGCGAUUUAUACGCCACUUUUUGGACCGGUCGCCGUGCCGUUGCUGAUGGCUUUGGGGAAGGAGUGGAAGAAACGGAGGGGGAGGGGGAGGGGAGAGGAGGGAGAGAUGGAAGAGAAGGAGAAGGAGAAAAAGGAGGAGGAGAAAGAGAAAGAGAAGGAGGAUGAGAAAGGGAAGGAGGAGUCCAGUUCAUAG